UUGAAGACGAGUGCUACGUGUCAUUAAUAGUCUUGUCCCGUACUUCGUCGCACUCCGUCCGUGUACCAGAGUGAAAUGGCGCCAACGAUGGAGACGCGAUAAGCAACUGCCUUUAAGCCCUCUCAUCGACAUGUUAUUACACAGAAGAUUGCAUUACUGUAACUGUAAGCAAACCACCUCUUUCACUUCCAACCUUCCGUUAGCGGAGCUGCACUUUGCUCGUCUCAUCCCCGCAAACACACAGCAGCUACCCAAAGAACAGGCGUCCAGGUUGCAAACCCGCUAUAAUAAAUGCGAUCUUACAGCAAGCAAAUUUAGUGCUCCCAAUUGGGUUGAAACGAGUAGGGCUUUACCCGAAACGCAUGCUUCUUUUUCGCCCUUGUUUUCUGGGAUGUACGGGUUUCUGGUUGAGAAAUACCGCUUCUCGAGUCCUGAAAACGACGCAAAACAUCUCCAUUUGGAAGUUAUCAAGAAUGGGUAUGCUCAAGAAUUGUUUUUGGGGAAUUACCUUAUUCAUUUGUAUGUGAAAAAUUGCGACAUGGAUGGUGCUCGUGACCUGUUCGACGAGAUGCCUGACCGCAAUCUGGUGAGCUGGUCUAGUUUGAUCACAGGGUAUGCUCAGAAUGACAUGCCCUAUGAGGCGUGUGAGAGUCUUCAAAGUAUGGUUCGCUCAGGAUAUGUUCCUAACCACUAUACUUUUGGUAGUGCGUUAAGGGCUUGUCAGUCUUUAGGAGUUUCUGGUCUUAGGCUGGGGAUGCAAAUUCACGCUUUGUCUCUAAAGACACCAUACUCAUCUGAUGUGGUUGUCUGUAAUGUCUUGAUUUCCAUGUACAAGUUGUGUGGGGAUCCAGGUAAGUAUGCUUGGCAUGUGUUUUGUAGCAUUGAAGCCAAAAAUACAGUGUCAUGGAAUUCUAUUAUUUCAUUUUAUUCUCAAAGAGGAGAUUUUUUUGCUGCUUUCAAUAUUUUCUCCCAUAUGCAAAAAGAUUUUAAUUGUAAACCAAAUGAAGGAACUUUUAGCAGCUUAAUUACUGCUGUGCCUUCUCAUGGUAACCAUGGUUUGCUUUUGCUAGAACAGGUAAUGGGAAGAAUUGAAAAAAGUGGAUUUUCAAAAGAUUUGUAUGUAAGUACUGCUUUGGUAUGUAGUUUUGGAAGGUUGGGCUGUCUUGAUGAGGCACUGAAGAUUUUCAAACAGAUGAGUGUAAGGAAUGCAGUAUCCAUGAACGGCCUGAUGGUUGGACUCAUUCGCCUAAACCGAGGAGAAGACGCAGCUAGAGUUUUUGUUGAGAUGAGAGACUCUGUGGAUGUAAAUUAUUUCUCCUUAGUUGUUCUUUUGAGUGCUUUUCCCGAAUUUUCUUUGUUUGUUGAAGGAAAGCGAAGAGGUAAAGAGUUACAUGCAUAUGCUCUCAGAACCGGCUUGUGUGACUCAAAGAUUGCCAUUGGAAACGGCCUGAUUAAUAUGUAUGCCAAAUGUGGUGCAGUCAAAGAGUCAAUUUCUGCUUUUAACCUCAUGCCUGACAAGGACUUAACAUCUUGGAAUUCUUUAAUCUCUGCUCUUGACCGAAAUGAACAUUUUGUAGAUGCAGUGUCGCAUUUCAGAAUGAUGAGGAGUAUCGGUAUGAUGCCUUCAAACUUUAAUAUGAUAAGUGCUUUGAGUUCAUGCGGGAGCCUGGAUUGGACCAGAAUGGGCAGUGCAAUUCACUGUGAGACAAUUAAAUUGGGACUUCACUUGGAUGUGUCUGUCUCUAAUGCUCUCCUCGCAUUGUAUGCGGAUGUUGGGCUUUUAAAUGAAUGCAAGAAGGUUUUCUCCUUUAUGCCUGAACAUGAUGUUGUUUCUUGGAAUUCCAUUAUCGGUGCAUUCAAUGAUACUGAAGAAUCUGUGUUCUAUUCCAUAGAAUGUUUCAUGGAAAUGAUGCAUCAUGGGUGGGGUCCUAACCAAGUAACUUUCAUAAACAUCCUUUCUGCAAUAUCAUCCCUUUCUCUCAUUGGUCUUGCUAGUCAAAUCCAUUCUCUGGCGCUAAAAUACAAUGCAAUGGAUGAUGUGUCCAUCGAAAAUGCUUUUCUCACUUGUUAUGGCAAGUGUGGUCAAAUGGAUGAUUGUGAAAAUAUGUUUUCUAGAAUGCCUGAAUGGAGAAGAGAUGAUAUGAGUUGGAACUCUAUGAUCUGUGGCUAUAUACACAAUGAGCUCCUUUCGAAGGCCAUGGAUUUAAUCUGGCUUAUGUUGCAUAACGGUCAGAGGUUAGACCGUUUCACCCUCUCUACCGUUCUAAGUGCGUGUGCCUCCGUGGCAACACUAGAGCGUGGCAUGGAAGUUCACGCUUGUGGGACCCGAGCUUGUUUGGAGUUUGAUGUUGUUGUUGGGAGCGCCCUAGUUGACAUGUACGCCAAAUGUGGCCGCAUAGAUUAUGCUUCGAGAUUUUUUGAAUUAAUGCCUGAAAGAAAUGUGUAUUCUUGGAAUUCUAUGAUAUCUAGUUAUGCAAGACAUGGACUUGGACACAAAGCGCUAGAGGUUUUUGAGAAAAUGAAAGCAGAAGGUCAAAUGCCCGAUCAUGUUACUUUUGUUGGUGUCUUGUCCGCUUGUAGCCACAUAGGAUUAGUUGAACAAGGAAUUGACCAUUUUGAGUCAAUGACAAGUGUUUAUCUUUUGACCCCACGGAUUGAACAUUUCUCUUGUGUGGUUGAUCUCCUUGGGAGGGCUGGCGAGCUUGAUAAGAUGGAGGGAUUUAUUCAAAGAAUGCCGAUGAGGCCUAACACACUCAUUUGGAGGACUGUUCUUGGGGCGUGCGGUCGAGCUAGCGGUCGUAAAAGAGAUCUAGGCAGGAAAGCAGCACAAAUGCUUUUGGAAUUGGAACCACAAAAUGCAGUAAACUAUGUGCUUCUUGCAAACAUGCAUGCCUCUGGCGGGAAGUGGGAAGACGUUGCAGAUGCCCGGCGUGCCAUGCAGGAAGCAGAAGCUAGGAAAGAAAAAGGGUGUAGUUGGGUCAGCAUGAAAGACGGCAUUCAUAUUUUUUUUGCCAGUGACAGAUCGCAUCCGGACACCGAUGCAAUUUAUGAAAAGCUCAGGGACUUGCACAAAAAAAUGAAGGCUGCAGGGUACGUGGCUCAGAUAAAGUUUGCAUUGUAUGACCUUGAUAUGGAGAACAAGGAAGAACUGCUGAGCUACCAUAGUGAGAGAAUUGCCAUUGCCUUUGUUCUCACUCGUAAAAAGUCACAACUGCCAAUUAGGAUAAUGAAAAACCUCCGAGUUUGUGGAGACUGUCACUCUGCCUUCAAGUACAUGUCACAGAUUGUAGGCAGGGAAAUAAUACUUCGAGAUUCAAUCAGGUUUCAUCAUUUUGCUGAUGGGAUAUGCUCUUGUAAUGAUUACUGGUGAUUCAUCCAGGGUUUCAUCAAAUUAUUCUCUGCCGGCCUGAACUAGAAAGUGGCUCAACUAUGCUCUGCUGGCCUUACAAGAAAUGUCCUAAAGUUGACAGUUCUCACGGUGUUUUAACUGGGAACUGUUAGCAACUUGCUUCACUUAUACUCAUUGAAAACUAAAGAGUAGUCAUGCAUAUGGUCUUUUGAGUACAUGUGGAUUGAGCAGGAAUCUUUGAAACUGGCAUGCGGAUUUUGAUAUAUAUGUGUGUGUGACUAUGUGUGCUUGAUUGAUGGAUGAAUUUACCACCAUGAUUAGAAGUGCUCUGGGGAAGUCUGCAUGGGAAACUGUGUGGACCGGAAUAUGGAAGCAUCCCUAUCUGCUCUCUCAAUAACAGCAUUGUUAUUCCUAAACUAGACUUGAAAGCCCUCUGUUCUGAAAAAACCGGCUAUAUCUCCCUGACUAGGCUCUUGUAUGGCCUCCUAUGCCUUUUUUAUUUACCUGCCGCCAUUCCCGCCUAUGUUUCAACCGACCCUUUCCAUUUCUUCCUCACGCACUUCAUUACACCAUAAUCUGGUUAGUGCCGUUAUAAACACUGCAGCUUGAGUCGCAUGUGUCCAUCCUCUUUCUAUGACUAUAGGCCCGUUUGGAAUGGCAGGUUACUUGGCUUCUGGUAAAUUCUUGUAUAUGUGUUUGUUUAGGAUUAUAAGAAAGUAGCGUUAACUAGUUUGGUUGAAUAUUAUCUGAUUCAUGAAGAAUCCUUGCAACACACAAGUUGUGACGUUAGCAGUGGAUGAAUCCAUAAAGAAUACCUCGAGUGUUAGUGAUUGAAAUCCAUUGUUGGAUUCAUAGUUCAGAUAAUUGUAUGAUUGCUCAAGAAAAAUAGACAAAUCAAUUGAUAGGGUAAAGUGAUUAUGUGGUUUGUUGUAUAGAAAUUGUCCCAAAUAAAAGUAAAACUAGGAUAAAAAAAAAUACGACUUAUGUUUUUAUUCCAAAA